AUGCCUAUCAUCAGCAGGCUCGUGAAAGGCAUCGGCGCAGGAAUUGGAGCAGCAUCGGAAGCCAUUGCAGACCACAAAGAAAAGAAGGCCGCGAGAGAGCGUGGGAUUUCUCCUAAUCCUCUAGGCGAAAGUGAGGCAGGUGAAAGCUCUAGGUUUAGGACUAACCCCGGCGCCAACACCAGCCAUUUUGGGGAGAAGAAAUCUCAUACCCAGGAUGACGAGGGCGCUGACGACGACGAUUCCUCGAGCGUGAGCAGUUCCGAUUUGGACAACGAUAGGGCGGAAUGGGCCCUCGAUGAGGCAGCCGAGGAGCUGAGCCAACCACCUCCUACAUACGAGCAAGCAGCGGCUACAAGCCCUGCAUCGGACGAAGAAGUUGCGAGGGCCUUUUUGCACGAGCACAAGAUCGCUCCAAGCCCCACUCAGACCUUCAAACCGCUCCCAUGUCCAGUUAUUCUUCCUCAGCGUCGACCCAAGGACAAAUCGCGGGGAUUCGUUCGGGCGUAUGCGCCUCUGCUGGGCGAGUGUGCUGGCAUAGAUCAAAAGACCUUCAUCGAUUUCAUCAACGACCUGGACAGAGCCUCAAAAGCCAGCCCCGUCUUCGAUGUCAUCAACGUGGCCUGCUUUGCCGUGGGAAUGGUGCCUAAUCCGAUCAUCAUGGCCGUCACCAUCGCGAUACAGGUCGCCAGCGAAACAGGCAAAGAGAUCCAGUCCCGCUAUCGCCGCAAUACGUACCUCGAUCAAAUUAACGAAUCGCUCUUCAAACCCCGCGGUCUGUACUGCAUGAUCAUGACCUUCAAGCCCGACAACCCGCAUGACCCGAUUCUCGGCAUGAACCUGAUGAACACGGGCCUCAGCUCGACCGAUCAAGCACUCGUCAAAGCGACCUCAAUCCCCGACUCGGAACUUAAGCAAAAGCUCGCCAAGAUUCGCCUCACCUCGGGCGUCAGCCGGGGCGAGCUGUCUCUCCCUGAAUCCGCGCCAUUGAUCUAUCCAGCGCUUGAUGCCGCUGCUCAAGCAGCGCUAGACAGUGCAGGAGGGACCUCGGGCGCCACUCAAAGCGUACUCCCACAAAGCGUGAAGGACAAGCUGCAUUCCUCCUCCGGCUUCCUAGCGAGUUAUCUCGAUCGCCGCGCACAGGCGUCCUACGCGGGGAUGCACCCAGACAGCAAACUGGUGAUGCCUCCGCCGGAAAAGAAAUUUGCUUCGCGAUUCGCAGACCCCAACCACCCGGCCAACUCGGGUACCAUCCUCGGGCUGCUCACAGGCGGCCACUUCGACCCGAAGGCCAAGCGGAGAGGUCGCAGGGCCCAGCGGCGGGCGAGGAGGAGAGGGUACGAAUUGAGCGAGACAGACGUCAGGAACGCGGAGAUGGGCAGACUGCCGAGGAGGAACAAAGGGCUGAUCCGACGCGUCUUGCACAAGGAUAUACUCUAUUUGAUCGUGGUCAACUUGCCCAGUGAGAGUGAGAUGCGCGAGAACAUGCUACGGCUUGAGAGGGUGAAGAGUGACGGGAAUGGAAAUAAAGCGUGGGCUUGA